AUGCAUCUCCUUCCCACCGCCCUGCUGGCGACCAUUCCACUCGCCCUCGCCCAAUCCUCUACCAACAGCACUCUUGACAACGCCCAAUCGCCUCCUAAGUAUCCCUCGCCCUGGGGAGAGGGACUCGGCGACUGGCAAGAUGCAUACCUCAAGGCCAAGGCAUUCGUCGAGCAACUCACCCUCGUCGAGAAGGUCAACCUCACUACUGGAGUUGGCUGGGAGGGUGAGAAAUGCGUCGGCAACGUAGGAGCCAUCCCUCGCCUGGGCUACCGAGCACUGUGCAUGCAAGACUCGCCAUUGGGCGUUCGAUUUGGAGACUUUGCUUCUGCCUUUGGAGCGGGGGUGAUGGCGGCCGCGACUUGGGAUCGAAAGCUCUUCUACGAGCGAGGAUACGACAUGGGUACGGAGCACAAAUUGAAGGGCGUCGACGUCCAGCUCGGACCUGUCGUGGGCCCAAUUGGAAGAUCUCCGGAGGGAGGAAGAAAUUGGGAGGUAGGUCCUCCAUUGCAUGAGACACAUGUUGCGUGCGAUGCUCAUCGAUAUCCGUAGGGUUUCUCGCCUGACCCGGUUCUAUCUGGCAUUGCUGUCGGAGAGACAGUGAAGGGCAUUCAGGAUGCAGGAGUCAUCGCUUGUACCAAGCAUUUGUCCGUUGCUCUCUCUACUCAAAACGCAAGAUACUUGAUCAAGACUGACCGCUCCAAAGCAUUGCCAACGAACAGGAGCAUUUCAGACAAGGCCCACCGCCCGCCAAUCUGACCGCUGCCAUUUCCUCCAACAUUGACGAUGUCACUAUGCACGAGCUCUAUCUCUGGCCAUUUGCAGACGCUGUCAAAGCCGGCACCGGAUCCGUUAUGUGUUCCUACAAUCAGAUAAACAAUAGCUACGCUUGCCAGAACUCGUACAUGCUCAACUACCUGCUGAAGAAUGAGCUUGGUUUCCAGGGUUUCGUGAUGAGGUGAGUAGCGGUAUACACAUACGUCACGAUAACAAGCUGACCGGAUGUCUUCGAAGCGACUGGGGCGCGCAGCACUCUGGAGUCAGCGCUGCUUUGGCUGGGAUGGACAUGGCUAUGCCAGGAGACGUGGGAUUUGACAGUGCAACUUCGUACUGGGGAACGAACAUGACUAUUGCCCUCCUCAACGGCACCAUUCCCCAGUGGCGUCUCGAUGAUAUGGCUGUCCGCAUUGUGGCUACCUGGUAUUACGUCGGUCGCGAGAACAACCAGGUCGAGAAUGCGCCGAACUUCUCUUCUUGGUCCCAGGACACCUACGGCUUCCAACACUUCUUUGCUCAGGAAGACUUCACGCAGAUCAACUACCACGUUGACGUUCAGCAAGAGCAUUAUCAAGGCAUUCGUGAAGUUGCAACAAAGGGCACCGUCCUCUUGAAGAACAACGGUGUUCUUCCGCUCACUGGCAAGGAGAAACUCACCACCGUAUUUGGCUCCGAUGCGGCCGAGAAUCAAUACGGUCCGAAUGGCUGCGCCGAUCGGGGCUGUGACAACGGCACUUUGGCAAUGGGAUGGGGCUCUGGCACUGCCAAUUUUCCCUACCUCAUCACCCCCCUUGAAGCGAUCAAGGCUGAAGUUCGUGGCCAACGUGGCAACAUCGAGUCGGUCACAGACGACUACGCGUACUCGCAAAUUUCAGCAUUGGCACACCGAGCUGGAGAGGUUAACGGUGUGUGCCUGGUCUUUGCCAACUCUGAUUCGGGAGAAGGCUACAUUGUAAGUAUUGCGCUGAGAACGGAGGUCUUGGACGUUUCUAAACAUUGCCGCUUAGGUCGUCGACGGCAACGAGGGUGACCGUAACAACCUCACAUUGUGGCAUAAUGGCGAUACGCUCAUCCAGAACGUGACCAGCCAAUGCAACAACACCGUAGUCGUCAUGCACACGGUCGGCCCUGUUCUUGUGACGCCUUGGUAUGAGAACCCGAACGUCACUGCCAUUGUCUGGGCCGGCAUUCCCGGCCAGGAAAGUGGAAACGCCAUUACCGACAUCCUCUAUGGAAAGGCCAAUCCUGGCGGGAAGACUCCUUUUACUUGGGGUGCCAAGCGCGAGGAUUAUGGUACAGACGUGAUAUACACGCCAAACAACGGCGUCAACGCUCCUCAGGACAAUUUCGUGGAGGGUAUCUUCAUCGACUACCGGGCUUUCGACCGAGCCAACAUCAAGCCCAUCUACGAAUUCGGCUACGGACUGUCUUACACUUCAUUCGCCUUCUCGAACUUGCAGGUGCAGUCGAACGGAAUUCCAGCAUACACGCCAACUUCGGGAAGUACACCUCCUGCGCCCACUUACGGCGUAAUUGGGAACAACUCGGCCGAAUACGUAUUCCCGGCCAAUUUUUCUCGAGUCGAAGCGUACAUCUAUCCAUACCUCAAUUCUUCUUCUCUCGGCGCCUCCAGCGGUGAUCCAGAGUACGGAGUCAGCUACUCCUGGCCUCAGGGAUCGUACGACAGUAGCCCACAGCCAUACCUGCCAGCAGGUGGCAGAGCCCCAGGAGGAAAUCCGGCUUUGUACGAUGUUCUCUUCACGGUGACAGCGACGGUCCAGAACACUGGCAAGGUGGUCGGCGAUGAGGUUCCGCAGCUCUACGUGAGUCUUGGUGGGCCCAACGAUCCCAAGGUCGUUCUGCGUAACUUCGACCGUUUGACGAUCCAGCCUGGAGCAAGCGCCACCUUCAAUGCCACCGUUACGCGGAGAGAUCUGAGCAACUGGGAUACGGCAUCGCAGAACUGGGUCAUCUCAAGCUACCCCAAGACUGUGUACGUUGGAAAUUCGAGCCGCAACCUGCCUCUGAAGGCUGCAUUGAACCUCUCAGGCUCUGUCAGCACCCCAAGCGGUCCUAGCAGUGAAUACCCACACCCAAGCGGUUAUGGCUCACCUGGCAACGGCUCUGACGGCUGGUAG